AGAAGGCGCGUAUGGGGUUAAGAAACGUCUCUUCUAAUUUGAAGGUUGGAGGCGUAUUCAUCGGAACCGUUCCCGAUGCUUAUUGGAUCGUUAAGAAAUUAAAGUCGUUAAAACCGCAUGAACUAAAAUUUGGAAAUCAGAUAUAUUCCGUGAGUUUUGAGGAUAGAAAUAAUUUCCCAACUUUUGGUCACAAAUAUUGGUUCAGCCUCGAGGAUGCGAUUGAUGAUUGUCCUGAAUAUCUGGUGCACUUUCCGACCUUUGAAAAAAUGGCGGAGGAAUACGGGCUUGAGCUAAUAUAUAAACACGGCUUCCACACUAUAUAUGACAAGGAAAAAGAAGUCCCAUUGUACCGCGAUCUCCUAUACAAGAUGAAAGUUAUAAGACAUGAUAUGGAUGCCGCGAUGUCAAAAGAAGAAUGGGAAGCCGCAG